AUGGACACCACCUCGGAGCUGCGGCAGCGCGUGCCCCUCAACAAGGUCCCUCAGCCCACCUCCUCAGCCGACUUUGUCCACCCGUCGGGCAGGGCAAAGUAUGGGCGCUUCCGGAGCUACUUCCGGGCCCUGACCUUCUCGAUAUACUUUACGUUGGGCAUCGUAGCGACACACGUAACUCAGAUCCUCGGCUCGCCCUUGUACUUUAUCGACAAGGACCUCUACUAUGCAUACAUGAGCCUCACCAAGGCAAACUUUGGCCUCCUCACCACCACCAUGACACAAUGGUGGGCGCCCACCGUCAUCAGGGUCAGCGGCGACGCCUCCGUCGCAGGCCAGCUCAGCCUGACUCCGGAUGGGCGCAUCGAGUGCGCCUUCCCCGAACGCCUCGUCCUCAUCGCCAAUCACCAGAUCUACACUGACUGGCUCUACCUCUGGUGGGUCGGCUACACCAGCAAUCCCCAGAUGCACGGCCACAUCUACAUCAUCCUCAAGGAGUCGCUUAAGUGGAUCCCCUUCAUCGGUCCCGGCUGCAUGUUCCUCAGCUUCAUCUUCAUGUCUCGCAAAAUGGCAACAGACAGGCCGCGCCUCGCGCAUCGCCUUGGCAAGCUCAAGACGGUGCAUAAGAAGCCGGACGGCCAGACGUAUCUUAACCCAAUGUGGCUCCUGCUGUUUCCAGAAGGCACCAACCUGUCCGCCAAUGGCAGAAACAAGUCGGCUGCGUGGGCAGCAAAGUCGGGCCAGCAAGACUUGCAGCAUCUCAUGCUACCCCGGAGCACGGGCAUGUAUUACUGUCUGUCUGAGCUCAAGGGCACCGUCGAUUAUGUCUAUGACUGUGCGGUCGCCUACGAGGGUAUUCCCCGCGGCAAGUUUGGCGAGGACUACUUUAGUUUGUCAAGCACAUACUUUCAAGGGCGACCACCAAAAUCUGUCAACUUCUACUGGAGGCGCUAUGCCGUGGCCGACAUCCCUCUUGGCAGUGCAGAGGAGUUUGACCAGUGGAUGCGCAAGAUCUGGGCCGAGAAAGACGAGCUCAUGGAGCAGUACAUGGCAACGGGCCGCUUCCCCGCGAAUGGCGCAGGCAUCAAGGGUCACAUUGAGACGGAGGUGCGUACGAAGCACUGGUGGGAGUUCUUCCAGAUCUUCACCAUGCUUGGUGCAUUCGGGCUCUUGUUCAACGUCAUUCUGAAGCUGUUUCGGCAAAUUCUCCGAAACUGA